AUGGCGCUAUGGCAGUCCAUGGCGCUAUGGCAGUCCAUGGCGCUAUGGCAGUCCAUGGCGCUAUGGCAGUCCAUGGCGCUAUGGCAGUCCAUGGCGCUAUGGCAGUCCAUGGCGCUAUGGCAGUCCAUGGCGCUAUGGCAGUCCAUGGCGCUAUGGCAGUCCAUGGCGCUAUGGCAGUCCAUGGCGCUAUGGCAGUCCAUGGCGCUAUGGCAGUCCAUGGCGCUAUGGCAGUCCAUGGCGCUAUGGCAGUCCAUGGCGCUAUGGCAGUCCAUGGCGCUAUGGCAGUCCAUGGCGCUAUGGCAGUCCAUGGCGCUAUGGCAGUCCAUGGCGCUAUGGCAGUCCAUGGCGCUAUGGCAGUCCAUGGCGCUAUGGCAGUCCAUGGCGCUAUGGCAGUCCAUGGCGCUAUGGCAGUCCAUGGCGCUAUGGCAGUCCAUGGCGCUAUGGCAGUCCAUGGCGCUAUGGCAGUCCAUGGCGCUAUGGCAGUCCAUGGCGCUAUGGCAGUCCAUGGCGCUAUGGCAGUCCAUGGCGCUAUGGCAGUCCAUGGCGCUAUGGCAGUCCAUGGCGCUAUGGCAGUCCAUGGCGCUAUGGCAGUCCAUGGCGCUAUGGCAGUCCAUGGCGCUAUGGCAGUCCAUGGCGCUAUGGCAGUCCAUGGCGCUAUGGCAGUCCAUGGCGCUAUGGCAGUCCAUGGCGCUAUGGCAGUCCAUGGCGCUAUGGCAGUCCAUGGCGCUAUGGCAGUCCAUGGCGCUAUGGCAGUCCAUGGCGCUAUGGCAGUCCAUGGCGCUAUGGCAGUCCAUGGCGCUAUGGCAGUCCAUGGCGCUAUGGCAGUCCAUGGCGCUAUGGCAGUCCAUGGCGCUAUGGCAGUCCAUGGCGCUAUGGCAGUCCAUGGCGCUAUGGCAGUCCAUGGCGCUAUGGCAGUCCAUGGCGCUAUGGCAGUCCAUGGCGCUAUGGCAGUCCAUGGCGCUAUGGCAGUCCAUGGCGCUAUGGCAGUCCAUGGCGCUAUGGCAGUCCAUGGCGCUAUGGCAGUCCAUGGCGCUAUGGCAGUCCAUGGCGCUAUGGCAGUCCAUGGCGCUAUGGCAGUCCAUGGCGCUAUGGCAGUCCAUGGCGCUAUGGCAGUCCAUGGCGCUAUGGCAGUCCAUGGCGCUAUGGCAGUCCAUGGCGCUAUGGCAGUCCAUGGCGCUAUGGCAGUCCAUGGCGCUAUGGCAGUCCAUGGCGCUAUGGCAGUCCAUGGCGCUAUGGCAGUCCAUGGCGCUAUGGCAGUCCAUGGCGCUAUGGCAGUCCAUGGCGCUAUGGCAGUCCAUGGCGCUAUGGCAGUCCAUGGCGCUAUGGCAGUCCAUGGCGCUAUGGCAGUCCAUGGCGCUAUGGCAGUCCAUGGCGCUAUGGCAGUCCAUGGCGCUAUGGCAGUCCAUGGCGCUAUGGCAGUCCAUGGCGCUAUGGCAGUCCAUGGCGCUAUGGCAGUCCAUGGCGCUAUGGCAGUCCAUGGCGCUAUGGCAGUCCAUGGCGCUAUGGCAGUCCAUGGCGCUAUGGCAGUCCAUGGCGCUAUGGCAGUCCAUGGCGCUAUGGCAGUCCAUGGCGCUAUGGCAGUCCAUGGCGCUAUGGCAGUCCAUGGCGCUAUGGCAGUCCAUGGCGCUAUGGCAGUCCAUGGCGCUAUGGCAGUCCAUGGCGCUAUGGCAGUCCAUGGCGCUAUGGCAGUCCAUGGCGCUAUGGCAGUCCAUGGCGCUAUGGCAGUCCAUGGCGCUAUGGCAGUCCAUGGCGCUAUGGCAGUCCAUGGCGCUAUGGCAGUCCAUGGCGCUAUGGCAGUCCAUGGCGCUAUGGCAGUCCAUGGCGCUAUGGCAGUCCAUGGCGCUAUGGCAGUCCAUGGCGCUAUGGCAGUCCAUGGCGCUAUGGCAGUCCAUGGCGCUAUGGCAGUCCAUGGCGCUAUGGCAGUCCAUGGCGCUAUGGCAGUCCAUGGCGCUAUGGCAGUCCAUGGCGCUAUGGCAGUCCAUGGCGCUAUGGCAGUCCAUGGCGCUAUGGCAGUCCAUGGCGCUAUGGCAGUCCAUGGCGCUAUGGCAGUCCAUGGCGCUAUGGCAGUCCAUGGCGCUAUGGCACGGUGCUGCUGUGUUGGAGGCGGUGCUGCUGUGUUGGAGCGGUGCUGCUGUGUUGGAGGCGGUGCUGCUGCUCUGUGUUGGAGCGGUGCUGCUGUGUUGGAGCGGUGCUGCUGUGUUGGAGCGGUGCUGCUGUGUUGGAGGCGGUGCUGCUGUGUUGGAAGUGGGGCUGCUGUGUUGGAGGCGGUGCUGCUGUGUUGGAAGCGGUGCUGCUGUGUUGGAGGCGCUGUGCGGUGCUGCUGUUGGAGCGUGUUUGUAA